AGGGAAGGGGCUUUUAUGUUCACGUAUGCAAGCUGGUUUCCUAAUUCCUAAUUUUUUAAUAGGCCUAUGUUGAGACAUUUUACAGUGAGAUUAGACGUGUGGUGCACAAAGGAAACUUGUAGACAAAUGAAACAAUUCACUAAUCACUCAGUCCAACUGUGGAGUGCCCAAAUCCUUGAGCCAGGACUUUCCUCAUUUCACUCACUGGUUUGAUUCUACAGAGGCCACGAUUUCUUCAGUGUCUUGCUCAUUUAAUUCCCUUCAUACAACAAUUUUUGGACCUUUUAGCAGAUAUUUUUUGCUUCUGUAAAUUGUAACUUCGACUCUCGGCCUCUCAAGACAGCAGCAUUUCACACUUUUUAACCAGAAUGGAUGAAAUCAGUCAGCUGUUGAGCACCGUAGAGCGCGUCCGCUCUGACAGCGUCUCCAGUGAUGCUACUCAGUCAACGGGCAGCAAACUGGUUUUGCACCAUCGGGUCAACCAGCUGAUAACCUGCAUUGAUGACUUGGAUCCUAAUGACGAGUUGCAUGAGAAAGUGGUUAAGACUCUGGAUAACGCCUUCCUCGUCUGUGGCAAAAGAUCCAACGAGCCAAAGAAAGACAGUUUCAGGCUACACAUGGUGACGUGGAAUGUGGCCACAGCUGAUCCUCCAGACGAUGUAACCUCACUUCUCCAUCUGAACUCCCAAAAGAGCCCAGACCUUUACGUCAUUGGUCUGCAAGAGGUUUACUCAGGGCCACUGAGAUUUGUGUCGGACAUCGUAUUCGACGACCCAUGGAGUCAUCUGUUUAUGUCUACCUUAGCGCCACGGAAAUAUGUUAAGAUGUCAUCCAUCAGAAUGCAGGGUCUGCUGCUGCUCUUCUUCUCCAAGUUGGAGCAUGUCCCCUUCAUCAGAGAUAUCCAGGCCACAUACACACGUACAGGCAUUUUUGGUUAUUGGGGAAACAAAGGUGGAGUGUCUAUCCACCUGUCUUUCUAUGGCCACAUGCUGUGUUUCCUCAACUGUCACUUGACUGCUCAUAUGAAAUAUGCCACUGAGAGGGUGGAUGAGUUUGAGUACAUCAUGGACACGCAGACUUUUGAAUGUGAAAAGGCUCCAAGAAUUGCUGACCACAGACUGGUCUUUUGGUUUGGAGAUCUCAACUUCCGAAUUCAGGACCACGGCAUGCACUUUGUCCGCACCUGUAUCAACAAUCAAACAUACAACCUGCUGUGGAGCAAAGACCAGUUGAUCAUGAUGAAGAAAAAAGAACAGAUACUUCAGGAGUUUGAGGAAGGGCCUCUGGACUUUCAACCCACAUACAAGUUUGACUUAAACUCUGAUACUUACGACAGCAGGCUCUACAGGACAUGGUUUGGCUUUAACGGAAAGAAGCGUAAACCUGCCUGGACGGACAGGAUUCUGUGGCGGCUCAGACCCAAAUCCUCAACCCCUGAUGAGCAAGGUGAAGACACUGUGGAUGCAAAGCAGGUUAAACAGCUGGAAGAGGAUGAAAAGUACCCUCUGAAGAUCAGGCAGGACUCGUACACUAGCAACAUGGAGUAUGGCAUCAGUGACCACAAGCCAGUCAUUGGCACCUUCACACUGGAGCUGAGGAAGAUCUUCGAGAUACCUCUGGUGCGUCUGCAGGCAGAGGGCGACUGGAGCGCAGACAUUGAUGCCAUGGUUCACUACACUCCUCUGCAGCCAUUCCCCUCCAGUACAUGGGACUGGAUUGGACUCUAUAAGGUUGGAUUCACCAGUAUGACAGACUACCUCACCUACACAUGGGUGAAAGACGAUGAGGUGGCCUUUAGUGAGGAAGUCAUACAGGUGUAUGUUAGUAAAGAGGAAAUCCCUGUGCGAGGAGGAGAUUGUGUGCUGUGCUACUACAGCAGUGUUCUGAGGUGCAUUGUUGGAAUCAGUGAACCAUUCAAGGUCCAUGAGUCCAAGGUAGCCAUUGAGGAAGGCUUGGUGCCUGAGAGGAUUAACGGACUAGAUAAAACUGUAGCGAGUGAAGACCCUUGGAACUGAUCUGGCAGGAGUCACAACUGUGGUAUGAUGUGGAGAUGAAUCUCUGAACAACAACCAAGCUUUCAUAACUGUACUUCUUAACCUGCCACUGAAAGAACAGAUUAGGAAACGCUGCCUGUUCAUGCUUUUACACAUCCCCACUGACCUCUCUGAUGCUGCUGUUGUGGCUCUUAACUUACAUCACUGUGGUCAGUACACUUUUUCACAGCUGGUCUCUAUGCUCACAUUUUCUAUAUAUAUGUUAACCAGAGUUUAAGGUCUGACUAAAAUCAAAACCAGAAAAUGUUAAUCCUUUAUCAGCUGACUUAAAACCUGAGAAGGGAUAGAUUAGAACUCAAAUUCAGAAUUGCAGGUACAGCAGUGAAUGCCAUUGAUUUUGAUGGUUCUAUAGUUGCAUGCAUAUAGCAUGAGCAUUCGAUAUGAUGAAACACUGAUUGGAUGUUAUGUGUUUGGCUGGUGAGGAAUGGGGGGGUUAGGGUUCAACCAGAGGUUUUCAAACUGAGGCACACUUCCCAAUGAGUAUGUGGAGAGAGGCAUGAGGUAAAGAUACUGCGUGAGGUGAAAGAGAUAGGUGCAUGUGGGUUAUUUAACGUAGGUCUGCCUACAUGUUUGACCAGCAUAUCAGUACGAUCAGCAGAUAGAGCUUCAGCACAGGCUGUGUCACGCAGCUCAUUGAGGCUAUUAAAAGCAUCUGCGCUUGAUUUCCGCAGUUUGCAUCAGAUUUCUGGCUGUGUCAGUUUGAAAAGCCCUGGGUUAACAUAUGGAUAAAAUAGUAAAUUAAGUAUGUUGUAAGAUCUGUGAAAAACCUGCUGCUCUGUGUGAUCAGUCCAAUAUGUGUUGAUAGUUUUUAGUUUAAGGCUGUGUUAAUGCAUCAAAAUAGUUUAAAAAAAUCUCCAAAUGCUGAAGUUGCUCUCGGUGUCGCUAAAAGAAAAGCUGGGACUCUUAAGGAAGUGUAGAACAAACCUGCUACAAUUAUGAAAAAGAAAAGGGAAUUGCAAAAUUAACAAUUUCACCAUUUCACCAUUUUUUGUUUAUGUGACACUGUAAUCACAUUUAUAUACACAGGGUUGUGGUCCACUGUUGUGGGAAACAUUCACUGCUUACUCACAAACAUAAAGAGAUGGCUGUCCUUGCAGCCACUCUAGUUAUACACAACUAAUUUGUGUGACCCAGAAAGCCAAUAUGAUGCUGGAGCUGUCUUAAAGUUUUGAAAUAAAAAGUGUCAUAAGUUCAUACCUGUAGAGGCUGUAGUCAAAUAAAAGCUGUAUAUUAUCAGUAUACUGAUAAUGACUCAAGAGAAAUCCAGAUUUAGGUGAAGUAUUCAGUUUCAGUUUCUACUCUUUUAUCUUACAAAAACAACAUGCAGUAUUUAUUAAAAAGGAAUUCUUCAUUCUGAAAUAUGAGGAUAAUUGUUAGUCCUGCAGGGCUGAUCUUAAUCUGUGUACUGUCCUAAAAGCAUUGCUGUGCUGGAUCUGUUCAUUGUUUUAAUGUUUAAAUGUAUGUUAUUUGAAAUACAAAUAGGGCUCACAGAAUAUCUUACCUUGGUGUGUGAAUGGACUGCUGUAGGAAGAUAAGAAGUUUUGAUUUUCUCCUCAUAGUAUUUUACUUCAGUUGUUCCUGGAGAACUUGAAAACAUAGAUUUUUAUAUAAUGGAACUUUUUCUUUUUUGGGGAGCAGAUUACUUAUGACUCAUUUUCAGCUUGCUGUUUCAUUAACCCACCAGCAGUUUUUCUUAAUAUUAAUCAUUCCCUUUUAGUACUGUCUAUGGUGUUACAGUGAAAUGGAGAAGAUAUGUUGCACUGUUUAUUGUAAUGAAAAAGUAUUUACAGCCUGUUGUGUUAUUAUUAGUGUGUACUAAGAAAGAAUAUGUAUAUCUUAUUUUUAGACAACAAUAUGGAUUCAGUAAGUGCCUUUGAAAUGAUUGUUGCUUUACAUUUACUGUACUGUACUAUGCUGCUCAAUUUUGAUACAGUAUGUAUCAUUAAUAUUCAUUAGAUUAUUUAUCGCAACAUGGCAUGGUUUUCAUGGCCUUUUCUUGCGAUGAGAUUUGAUUUCAAAUAUCGCUCCUCUAAACUUUAAGCUCCAUGAAGAAGAUCUCUUUUACUGAAUGUUGUUAUUGGCUUGCUGGAAUCAAUUAUAUUAGCCAAUUUAUGUCACUGAUAUUUUUUUUUUAACUGAAGAGUGACUUAUUUUCUCAGCUAGUAACAAAAUUUAAUGUACUGUGUAGCCUUGCAAAUGCAGAUAUUAAAUACGUCUCACUUUA